AUGAUGUUCGAAAGUACCUGUUAAUUUGAAAGCCAUGAAUUAAAACCAAUUUUGGGAGUCUGCACAAACCUAACAUGCAAAAAUUUUAGACCUUAUUGUCAUUAAUGUCUGAUAGAAUUUCACUCUGAUCACAUUACAGAAAUUAGGGAUUUACAAUAAAUAUCCUUUUGGGCUUAAAGUUGUGCUCCAUUAUAAGAACAGUUGAUUUAAUCAAUCAAUUAAUAUAGUAGCAUAGUUGAUAAACUUACAAAUCUGAAGAACUCUUUAGAAUUCAAUACUUAAAUUGAUCUAUCAUUACUUAGAUUGUCAGAUUUAGAUAACUAUAUAACUUGUGUAGUUAACUUAUCAUCAAUUUAAGAUUUCAUUUAAGAAAUCUUCAAUAAGUCACAAGAUUAAUUAGAAGUGGUGAGUAUUUUGUGCAAAGAAACGAUUUCAUUAUAAAGUAUCAUUUUAUACAAUUAUAAUUUAAGAAUUUAAAGAAAACAUAUAUUACCAAUAAGAUAAGCCAGAAGAACUAUAGGUUGAAUAAAUAGAAAUAAUUUCUGAAGCAAAUGAGAACUAAAAAUAAUCAAUUGAGAAGCAGCCAGAUCUUCAAAUAGUUUCAGAUGUUGAUGACUCUAAAAUGAGAACUCCAGAAAAAUAAAAGAAAAAAGAAUAACCAAAACCUAGGAAUUCAGAAUAGAAUCGAAAGAUACCAUCAAAUUAUUAUGUCCCUACUGCUUAAACUAGAUCUUAGUCUUACAAAAAUUAAAUCUCUGCAACUCAAUAAAGAAAUAGCAUAAGUAAUCUAAAAAAAUCAAAUAUCCAACAAAAACCAAAAUAAUUAUACGUAAAUACUUUUUCAUUAUCAUCAAAAGAACAAAGCAAUUUAUUGUAAAUAUUAGGAAAGAAAUCCGAAGAUGAUAAUAAAAAAUCUAUAAAAACUCAACCAAGUGAAAUUUAAGUUCCUUGUUUUCAGGAUUAGAUUGUUAUUUAAUAAAAAGAACUGUCUCCCCCUAAAGUAUAAGGAUUUAGAUUUUCAGAAAACUUAAAAUCUUAGAGGAUUAAAUUAUAGAAAGAUUGCAAAAUAGCAAUAGGUUUUGGAGGAUUUUGUCUUUGUGAACCUUCCAUUCCAAUGGAAGGAUAAAGUACAUUUGAGAUUAUGAUUGAUAAAUGUGAUCUAGUAUACCUUGGAAUUUGUAACAAAUAUGCUGUUUAAUCUUAUGAUUAUGAGCCUAGCAUGCAAGCAUUUGACACUCAUGGGUAUUUGUCUUCAUCAUCUAUAACAUUAGUUCCUAUCUAAUUAGUAAUAAUGGAUUUUCAUAUUCUUGCUUAGAAUAAGAAUUUAACAAUGUCAAAUAGAAGUUGAAUUUUAGUUCAGGAGAUAGAAUUACGAUUAUUGUGAAUUAUGUGAAAUCCUAAAUUACAUGGAAAACUAAAUAUAAAAAUCUACUUGUAUUAUAUUCGUUAUUAUAUUACAGACUAUGA